AUGGUAGUACAACUGAGGCUGAGGCUGUCACUGCACAUAGCGGUGGUCCUACUCGCGGUGUACCACACCUGCCGAGCGGACCGGCUCUACCGAGCCAUACCAAACACACCAAACCAAAACUAUGCUGUCUUCGGAGCGUCUAUAUCAGCAGAUUUGAACGAAGAUGGGUAUUUUUACCCCAAGCCAAAAAUCCCGUUCCCACCACCACCGACGCGGCCGCCACCCCCACCAUCAACGCAGCCGCCAACCCCCCCACCAACGCGGCCGCCACCACCGCCUCCAACAAUACCACCACAGCCUACUUCUGAAACUGGAUACGUAUACGAAAAGCCUCGUAUACCUUUCCCACCACCAACUACUAGGAGCCCUCCGCCUCCUCCUCCACCACCAACUACUAGGCCCCCUCCACCCCCACCUCCACCGAGUACUAGGCCCCCUCCACCCCCACCUCCACCAACUACUAGGUCCCCUCCACCCCCACCAACAAGGCCUCCUCCACCACCAUCAACAAGGCCUCCGCCGACUCAAACAACAGGCUACUACUAUAGUACGCCUAAAAUUUCUUUCCCUCCACCGACAAGACCACCUCCGCCCUCAACUGCACCCCCCACAUAUUUACCACCAACAACAAGACGAACAACACAACCAUCUACUUACUUACCGCCAACACGACCACCACCACCACCUUCACCUACGACAAGACCACCCCCUCCACCCACCACAAGACCACCCCCUCCACCCACCACAAGACCACCCCCUCCACCCACUACAAGACCACCCCCUCCACCAACCACAAGACCACCCCCUCCACCUACCACAAGACCACCUACCCCACCACCGACAACCAGACAACCAACAUAUAGCACAAUAAUUGACAACUUUAGAACGACUGGCUACGAUUACCCAACACCAAAAGUACCAUUUACUUUUCCAACUAGACCUCCAACGACAAGAGCAACACCGCCACCAACUCGGCCACCAACUACUUAUAUUCCACCUCGAACGAUAAGAACGAGACCGCCACCACCUCGUACGCCUCCAUCAACAUAUUUACCUCCCACAACAAGGCCGCCACCACCUCCUACGCGUCCAUCAACUUAUUUACCACCUCGCACAAGACCUCCACCUCCACCAACACCUCCAUCAACUUAUUUGCCACCGACAACAAAACCACCACCACCUCCCACACAACCUACCACUAGGCCACCUCCACCUCCAACACGGCCAUCGACUUACUUACCACCUCCGACAAGACCACCUCCGACAAGACCAUCUCCACCUCCGACACGCCCAUCAACUUACUUACCACCGCGAACAAAUCCGCCACCACCUCCAACACGUCCUACAACCUACUUACCACCCCCAACAAGACCUCCACCCCCACCUACCACAAGAAGACCACCUUCACCCCCACCUACCACAAGAAGACCACCUCCACCCCCUACUACAAGGCCCCCAACAUACUCGACAAUAAUCCCUGACUAUAGAACUACUGGAUAUGACUAUCCAACUCCGAAAGUAACAUUUACAAUACCUACUAGACCACCGUCAACGCAACCACCAACAUAUCUCCCUCCCACAACUCGGCCACCACCUGUUUACAUUCCCCCAUCAACAACAAGAGCUCCUCCAGUGUAUAUACCUCCGUCUACUACAAGGGCUCCGCCAGUCUAUAUUCCCCCGUCAACUACAAGGGCUCCGCCAGUGUACAUACCUCCUUCAUCGACUAAACCACCAGUAUUUAUAACGCCUCCAACAACUCGACAACCAACGACAAGACCACCCUACACGACGCGACCACCCUUCAUUCCCGACCAAGGAUACUUCUACGACAAACCUCUAGUACCUUUUAAGUUCUAAGCUAGUGUAAAAAUUUUAAGAUGCCAUAAUAAUUAUUGUGUAAUGUAUUUGUGAUACCAAACGGAGUGCUCGAACAAUAAAUUUUUAAUUGUUGUUACAUCGAUGUUGAAUUGUUGAAUUCAGUUCCAAAAUUUAAAUGAAAGUAUUCGGGACAUUUAUUUACUCUUGCUUUGUAAAUGUACAAAUAGAUAUACGAAAGUUCAUCGACCCUUUCGUGUGCUCGUAGUUUUAUAUGAAAAUUAUUAUAUAUAAAUAAUUAUUAUAAUACUCAAAAAACUCGAAUGCGUAAUCGCCACUGCCUUAAACUAAUUGUAUUAUUAAGAUUGUAAAAUUUUUUUUUUUUUAAUAAAAUGAUAUAAAAUUAA